AACGAACACUUAUGAUUACACGAGGGAGCAUAUAUGUUAAUAAUUUGAUUUAUUUAAUAUAUGUUUUUUGGUCAUUAAUCAAAGCAGUAGUUACAUGGAAGAGCAUCGCGACAGCGGACAGCACAUCAGCAGAAGAGCUGGAAAAACUCAAAAUUUUCAAAGAUUAACAAUAUGAUACUCCGUAGACUCAGUUAGCAAAUCAAAUUCGACUUUUUCAAUCACUUUGUUACUCAACAUGAAAAUUAAUAAAAAAAUAUCUGAAUAACAUAGUAAUAUCUCGGAUAAAUUGAACACAUUGCAAUAGACAGAAUGAGGAUGACACUUGCGAAGCAAAUGGGGUGGACACGCAUAGGCAUGGCUUUCCGCCGCUGCUCAGUCAGCUUUCUCAACACCUCUCGUUCACCACGCCCACCGUCUGCUGCUAUUUAUUCUCAUCAGAUGAGUACGGAUGCUCAGAGUAUUGCUGCUCGCUUAAACAGUGCGGGCUUUAUUCGAAGUCAGGGAUUUAUAGGAGGAAAAUGGACGGAUGCAUACGAUGGGAAGACUAUUGAGGUCCAAAAUCCUGCAACUGGUGAAGUAAUAACAAAUGUUUCAUGCAUGGGUAGAAGGGAAACGAAUGAUGCAAUUACUUCAGCACAUGAUGCAUUUCUUUCCUGGAGCAAGCUAACUGCUUCCGAAAGGAGUAAAUGUUUAAGAAAAUGGUAUGAUUUGUUGAUGGCCCACAAAGAAGAGCUUGGUCAACUUAUGACAUUGGAGCAAGGAAAACCUCUGAAAGAGGCCAUUGGUGAGGUUAGUUAUGGGGCGAGUUUUGUGGAGUUCUAUGCUGAAGAGGCUAAACGAGUGUAUGGUGACAUUAUUCCACCGACUUUGCCAGAUCGUCGUCUAUUUGUUUUAAAGCAGCCAGUUGGUGUUGUUGGGGCAGUUACACCUUGGAAUUUCCCUUUGGCUAUGAUUACACGCAAGGUUGCCCCUGCCCUUGCUUGUGGAUGCACUGUUGUAGUAAAACCCUCUGAACUGACUCCAUUGACUGCAUUGGCAGCAGCUGAACUCUCUAUUCAAGCUGGCAUACCACCGGUAUCAACUAAGCUGACCACUGAUGUAACAUAUCAAAGAGGUGUAGUAGAGCUUCCUUUAUCAACUAUGAGGCGUGGAAAGGGUGCAGUAAAUGUUGUAAUGGGAAAUGCACCAGAAAUUGGAGAUGCUCUACUCGCGAGCCCCCAGGUGAGAAAAAUCACAUUUACAGGCUCAACAGCUGUCGGGAAAAAAUUGAUGGCAGGUGCUGCAGAGACGGUUAAAAAGGUGUCCCUAGAACUUGGUGGCAAUGCGCCCUGUGUGGUUUUCGACGAUGCAGAUCUUGACAUUGCUUUAAAAGGAACUCUGGCAACAAAAUUCCGGAACAGUGGCCAAACAUGUGUCUGCGCAAAUAGAAUACUAGUGCAAGAAGGUAUAUAUGAGAAAUUCGCACAUGCCUUCUCAAAUGCGGUUGAGAGCAUGAAAGUUGGGAAUGGCUUUGGCGAUGGUGUGGUACAGGGCCCUUUGAUAAAUGAUGCUGCAGUACACAAAGUUGAAUCGUUGGUCGAAGAUGCCAUCUCAAAGGGAGCUAAAGUCCGCAUUGGCGGCAAGAGACACAGCCUUGGGAUGACAUAUUAUGAGCCUACGGUAAUAACUGAGGUCAACAGUGACAUGCGGAUAUCAAGGGAGGAAGUGUUUGGGCCGGUUGCACCCCUUCUUAAAUUUAAAACCGAGGAAGAAGCUAUCCGCAUGGCUAACGAGACCAAUGCAGGUCUGGCUGCCUACAUCUUCACAACAAAUAUUCAACGAUCUUGGCGUGUAUCUGAAGCUCUUGACUAUGGGCUUGUUGGAGUGAACGAAGGACUAAUCUCGACUGAGGUGGCCCCAUUUGGAGGCGUGAAGCAAUCUGGCCUUGGCCGCGAAGGGUCAAAGUAUGGGAUGGAUGAAUAUUUAGAAAUUAAAUAUGUAUGCUUAGGGAAUAUGAGUUGAUCUGUGGACUUUACGGUUGGCGUGGUGCUUUGAACACAUAGUUGACAUGGAAUUUGGCGCCAGCUUUGUGUGAUGGAUGAGUGUUGAAAAUAGCCAAGACCCGUUUUCUUAUAUUAUAUAAAUAAGUGCCUAUUUGUACUAAUACCCGGAGACAAAUGCUUUAUGUUGUUUUUGCUUUGUAUCACAUGAAUUUUGAGAAAAAAGUGAGCUCCUCCAAAAACCUAAUCUAUUUGGACGAUAUGGAUGUGUGCUUUUCUUUGAAAUCUUUUAUGUUUUUUAUUA